AUGACCGACAUGAUGGAAGAGGACCCAUCGUCUGGGAUGCAGUCCUCCGAGGAGGAGGUAUCCGUGGAGUCCCUAGUCAGAGGGCGAGCGAAACGAAGCACAGCGGGACUACACAUGUCCGCUCUCCUUGAAGCCGCCGCAGACGACGACCUGGCACUACUAUUUGAGGAAGUCGAAGACGACAACGAAUUCGCGGACGAGGUAGAUCCUGAAGUAGAGGAAGACGAAGGACUUGAAUCGUCGGACGACGAUGACGACCAAGGACCCAACGCGACGAACGACUACGAGGGCGAACAGCAACUACAAAAAGAAGAGCGCAAGAAAAGAAAACUGCAGAAUGACCUCCGGUUCCAGACCCUACGCAAGCGAGUCAAGAUUGAUCCGACCGCCGUCAACGCCGUGCCCGCCGCCCCUCCUCGUCCAAAGAAAAAGUCGGAGCGUAUCUCAUGGAUUCCCACAGUGGAGGACGGGCCUACACGGCAGUCUUCGCGUCGUCAGACGAUGGUGAACAAGGAAAUGACGCACGCGCGUCUCAAGGACAGCCAGGAGAAGCGGGUGCGCAUUAUCGCUACCAUGAGGGAAGCUGAGAAGCGCAAGGCCCAUCUGAAACCGAAGAAGAUGACACAGGAGGAUCACCUGGCGGAGGCCGCCAGAGUGGAACGGCUCAACAGCAAGAGUUUGAACCGCUGGGAGCAGACAGAACGAAGAAAGGCGGAUGAAAGACGAGCGAGGAUCGAGGCACUCCAAAACCGCCGUCUGGAUGGUCCGGUUAUAUCCUACUGGAGUGGUAUGGCUACAUGGACCAAUGGGCGUCUCACGCGGGUCGGCAAGAUUGAUAUUAAACCGAAGCCAGACAAAGAAGAGGCCAAGAAGAAAAAGAAGGAGAAGGAGGACAGAGAAAAGGCGGCGGCGGAUCAGUUGGCCUUGCAGUCUAUUCCUGUCUUCGGGCCUGCACCUUUCGCGGCUCCAACACAACCACUACCAAACCCCAACCUUCCCAUUGCAAGUACUGUUACACCUGUUACACCGGGAACACCAGCUCAACCCAUCCGGACUCCUACGGAACAAAGGCCGGCUUGGGACAAGCCGCCAGAAACCAUCGCAACCCCGACUCCUGAAAACAAAGAAUCACCUGUCGCGUCUGCUGGGACGACUGGCAAUGUUGAUACAUCGUUAGAGACGCAGACGAGUGCAGCCAUACCUUCCGAUAAUGACAAGAGCAUCGCAGUGGAAAAGCAAACUCCAGAAAAGGAGGCAAAUGCAACGGAGCCUUCAGAGAAGAAUGAAAAAGCGCCAGAAUCCGCGAAACAGUCAGAGGAGAGACUCUUUGCUGUGGAAAUCCCAGCAUCUCAACGUUUAUCGGGAUCUCAAAACAAUGGCUCUGCUCAAACAAUGGGGGAGCCAACCUCUGCCAAGAAUGACGAUGCUAUGGAUGUUGACCAACCUCCAGCGCUUGCAGAUGUUCCCAAGGAUAACCAAGCGCAAGACCCGGUCAAAGCAAACUUAACGCCUUCCGAUACUGCAGGUGCCCAACCAGUUUCGGCACAGGAACCCAAAGCAGAUGCACCCGGGCCGACUCCUGAAGGACAACCACCGGCGGGCGCCUCACAGCCUGUGAAACCUGCCACUCACGUCGGCUCAGGAGUUGCACUGGCCCCUCACAUCUCGGCAACUGCAGCAGUUAGUUCAGCCACGGUGCCCGAGAACGCCUUCCUCCAAACCCAAAACCAACAAACAUGGCAUUCCGGAAUACAACCCCCAAAUGGGAUGGGACCAGUACAGCCAGCGAUCCAACCAUCCCCUCCAGUAAUCGAACACACCGGACGCACAUUGACCAUCCUCGAGAACUUCGACCAUGCGACCGCUCACAGUCGCAAAUAUAGCAUGUACUUUAACUCCAAAAAGCAACCCCGUUUGACAAAAAUCUCGUCAUCUCUGUGCGUCAUCACCUCCAUGCCAUCACGAUACCGCGACUCCGAAACAGGCCUCCCAUACGCCAACUCCUACGCCUAUGGUCAAAUCCGCCGCCUCUUAUCCGAAGGGUGCAUCUGGAGCUCGAUGCUAGGCUGUUUCGUAGGCCCAGCCGACGGUGCCGCGCGCGGCGUGCCCGAGCGAUUUUCCGGCAAACCAGGCCCAGUCUCCGUUCCAGUUCCAGGCCCAGGCACCGUUAAAACGCCCGCCCUGGAGGGAGAGGGCCAGGCCAAGUCGAUUCCAACCAAGCCCGCUGCCGCGAAUGGCGAUCUCCCUUCAACCCCCACAGCCCAGGCUCCAGCGCCUGAGCCAAUGGACGUGGACAAAUAG